GGGGAGUGCAGCCUUGUGACGGGUGUCAUCGCUGUAAUGUCAUAUGAAUGUGUCGUGUGAGUAGAUAGUGAACAAUUUCACGGACCCUCAUGUCUCAAGUGCAUAAAUGAGUAUGAAUAACAGACAAUUACAACCGUUUGUGAGCAGUUCUGCUGCUAUUAGGCAAGAAAUUCAGCGAUUCGAAUCAGUUCAUCCCAGCAUUUAUGCUAUAUACGAUAUUAUAGAGCUCAUUCCAGAUCCGCUAUUGGCACAACAAAUUCGUGAACAUGUCGUUUGCAUAGAAGAUUCAUUCGUUAAUUCACAAGAAUGGACGCUGUCGAGAUCAGUUCCGGACCUCAGACUGGGCAUCGUGGGGUCGCUCUCCAGCGGCAAGUCAGCCCUCGUUCAUCGGUAUUUGACAGGGUCAUAUAUGCAAGAAGAAAGUCCUGAAGGAGGCCGCUUCAAGAAAGAGAUUGUCAUAGACGGCAACAGUUACUUACUGUUAAUACGAGAUGAAGGUGGUCCUCCGGAACUACAGUUCACGGCCUGGGUGGACGCGGUUAUAUUCGUGUUCAGUCUGGAGAGCGAGGCUUCAUUCAACGCCAUCUACAGCUACUACGCCAAGAUGGCGCACUACCGCUCUACUACCGACGUCCCUCUCAUCCUGGUCGGCACUCAGGACGCAAUCAGCGAGAACAACCCGCGUAUCAUCGACGACAGCCGCGCGCGGAAGCUGGCGGCGGACCUGAAGCGCUGCUCCUACUACGAGACCUGCGCCACGUACGGGCUUAACGUCGACAGGGUCUUCCAGGACGCGUGCACAAAGAUCGUAAACCAGCGCAGCACACCUCUGAUAACGCCCACCAACUCAAGACCCUCCACACCAACCCACCUCCUCCGGUACCCACCGCUCUCCAACAACGGCUACACCACCUACAACCCCGCUCCCUACCCCCCAUACAACCCCUCGUAUACAGCCUCCAACCCCUACGCAACCCCACACCUCCAGCAGAACUCAUCCCCCAGCCACCCCUAUGGGUCCUCGCUCAAUAAGGAGGGAAGUUUACGCAGUGGCAGCAUCGGCAGCACAAACCCGACAGUCGGCGGCGCAAACUCCGUAGUCGCCGAACUCAACGCGAUGACGAGGACUGAGUCGUUCCGUGACGAUGCGUUUAAAAGAGUUAGUGCUCCUUCGUCGGUGUUUAUGCCUCCACCACCGCCACCUGCUUCUUUAACUUCCACCACAUCAGCCACUCUUCCACAUCCAUCAUCACAUUCUACCACCACCACCGCCGCCGCCACCAUCAGCGGUGGUGGUGGUGGAUGUUCUACGCCUACCAUGACCAACAGUUCGCUCAAGUAUAACAGCGAUCACCACUACACGAUGCAUCAACCGUCCAUGGGUAUCAUCACAACUCCUGGUCAUAUGAUGGACGGGAAUAUCAAAGAUUUGCCAACUCCUUCAUCAACACCGACCACAUCUAGGAAAAGCAGGAGAAAGUCUAAUUUGUUCACGCCCUCUAAAAAAACUGAAGAUAAAGAUAAGAGCAAGAACGGAGAGGUUGGAAGCGGACGAGCUAUCCCUAUCAAGCAAGGAUAUCUUUAUAAGAAAUCUAAUAAAACCCUCAAUAAAGACUGGAAGAAGAAAUACGUCACACUCUGCGAUAAUGGCAGAUUGACAUACCACUCCAGUCUCCAUGAUUACAUGGAAGAUUCGCACGGCAAGGACAUAUCGUUGCAGUGCACUACAGUCAAGGUGCCUGGUAUGAAGCCCCGGGGGUCACGUGUCGUAGGGGCGGCGCCCCCCGAAGCCGUCACCUCUGAACUAGACGCCCUCCACCUCGCCUCCGCCCCAGCCUCCACCACCAACUCCUCCAGCAGCGUCAACAGCGGCGUGUCUUCCACCACGCCCGGCAGAGGCUCUAUUGGAGGAAUAGCCAUCACCAAGGAUAAGCAGGUAACAUUAACUUCUUACGAACCCUUACAAGACGCUAAUCUUCACAACGGCGGCGACUCCGCGAGUCUUUCCUCAAAAAUAGAAACCCCAAACGUAAAAAAACGCCACCGCCGCAUGAAAAGCUCAGGCGCUAAGACCACCGGAGACUUGGAUGACGCGGAAGGGUUCGAGUUCAGCAUAGUGUCGCUUGAUAACAAACAAUGGCUGUUUGAAGCAUCCAGCCAAGAAGAGCGAGAGGAGUGGGUAACCGCCAUAGAACAACAAAUACUUGCGUCGCUUCAGGGCAAUGAAAGUCACAAGAAAAACAAUGAGUCAGGCCGGGACCCGCAGGCUGUCCAUAUCAUCAAGACUCGCGUGCCCGGCAAUAACCUUUGCGCCGACUGUGAUGCGCCCAACCCGGAGUGGGCGAGUAUCAACCUCGGGAUGUUGGUGUGCAUCGAGUGCUCAGGCAUACACAGGAACCUGGGCUCCCACAUCUCUAAAGUGCGAUCCCUCGACCUCGACGACUGGCCUUGCGGGCCGGCGUCGGUGCUGCAAGCUCUGGGCAACGAGGCGGGCAACCGCGUGUGGGAGAGCAACGUGCACAACACAAGCCUCAGCAAACCCGGGCCUCGCUCGCCACGUGAGGACAAGGAGAGGUGGAUCAGGGCCAAGUAUGAGGCCAGAGAGUUCCUGCAACUCCUGCCGUCAACAUCAGACUUGUCAGAGGAUCUUGUGGAGAGCGUGUGUUGCGGGGACGUGGCGCGGCUAUCGCUGCUCCUGCAACACACAAACGAUGUAAACAAACCCAUAGCGGCGCCUCGAGACACGCGCACGCUGCUGCAUCUUGCCGCUGGUCUGCCGUCACUACCUGCACUACAGCUUCUUAUCUGGCACAACGCGAACGUGCAAGCUCUGGACUCUGACGGUCGGUCUGCUCUGUACUACGCACGUGCAGCAGGCGACCGCAGCUGCAUUGAGCUGCUGCUGCAGAGUGGCUGUCCCGAGACCUGUAUUGCUGCAUCGACCUCGCAGCAGCAGCAGCAGAGCUCUACUUUACCAAGACGCAAGAGCUCCUUCAGUCGAAAACCUGAAAUACUGGAUAAGCUACAAGCCAGCAUUAUCUGAAAGCUUUCUCAUCAUUAGAACACUAAAUAAAUAUUGUUGACUAAGUUUAUAUAUGAAACGAUGAAGAAAAUAACUUGGGUUGUAGUCGUAAAAUGCCUGAAACUUGGCGAGAACAUUAUUUUGGCAGCGUUAUUUAUAUUUUUAGUUGGCUGUCUCUGAGGGAAAAAUAUUUCGUUAAACCAGCAUGAUAUUAAUACUGUCACUUUAGAUCGUGUCUUCGAAGCACUUGAGCCUUUGGCUGUGAGCGUUUGAGAUAGGGAACGAUUUAGUGAUUUGUGAUCGAAGUGACUCUUCCGCCUUGCAUUUCUUCCAUUUUCAUUCCUUGGAACUCAACUUCCUGCUUUCGUAAUCUUAGUAACUCUCUGCUUCAUGUAGAGGAAAAUCUGUCCAUCGCCUCCUCUGAAUUUCGCUUUUUUGUAUAUAGGAAAUUCUGUCGUAUGAACUGAUGUUUUUUUGGUGCGGCUCGAGCAGUUCCUCCUGUUUUUCCUAAGAUGUUGAACUUGCGCUGCCAUAGAUCAAUUUUUGUUGGAUCAAUCGUUGGAUCGUAACUCGUGUUCAUUUAUUGCGUGCUUUUGGUGUUGAGAACAAAUAUUAGAAAUUUUUACUAACAAUAAUUUGUUCAUAUUUCAGAGUGCAACUUGCAUAAACUAAAUUUUGCCAGUCAUUUCUGCUCACGUUGCUUCCAGCUAUGACAAAAAACAUCAGUUUCUUCAUGGCAGUGAAUCUUCAAACUUGUAUGAAAUUUUAUUCAUUAUACCAAAUUUACGCUAACUAUUAGACUAUCCUAUUGGGGGCCAAUAGUAACCGCUUCAUACAGUGGACGUGUGUCGGGGCUAAAAUUUUGCCUGGUAUAACGAUCAUGAAAUCUGGCAUCGUCUCAGCCGAACAAACAUUUUGACUUUUGAGCGCUUCUCAGACUAUCGCUGUCUACUCUAGCUUUUGAAACGAGUAUUGCCUUUUGACGUGCUGUUUAAUUCAAUAAAAGCUAAUAAGUGUCAUAGUCUAAGUGAUAUAAAUGUGGUUGAAACCGAUUAUUCAUGAAGUCUUAAUCAAUCUUAACUUGAGUUCUUCUGCUAUGGGCCUAGCGCAAAGUGAUCACAGAGUGCAGUGAUUGUUGGACGCAACUUUCUACUUUAGAUUGUCGGAGAAACGCUUUUAAUGAACUCCAUCCGAGCAGUAAAGUUGAUAGUGAAAGCUCAGGAAUGUUUCAAAUAAUUUCAUCGAAUAUAUGUUAAUUUUAUGACAUGGCCUCUCUAAGUUUCAGUAUCAGAUAAUUUCAUGGCUUCCAUUAGCUCAGUGAUAUUCUAACUUACUUGUCUUUUUAAUUUGAUUUAUUAUCUUUAUUUAUAUUGUUUUUUGACUCAAAUAACGUAAAGCGUAUAACUUAAGUUCGUUCAAAUUUAUAUUCCUUGAAUCUUUUUCAUUGUCAGUCAUGUGCAACUAAAAAAUUCCAAAGGAAAAAAAUUGACCAAAUAAUCCUCCAAGUGCGGCUUCAUGUUGCCAAAUUUUCUAAGACUUUCAUUAAUUCGUUUUUGUUUGAUGUAGUUUGUUCAUAAGGAAUAAGCGGUUCUUUUGGCUGGUCUCGAAUGUUUUAGUUCCUCCACAGUUUUCAUUGCUUUUGAAAUUAUUAUAUCUUGCGAGGAAGGCGUCAUUUAAUCAGAUAUUAUUGACAAAUUUAUGGACAACCCGUCUGGGGCAUGUUAUUUGUGAAUGUUAAUUACAAAAAAAUUAUUUGACUGUAACGUUUUUAAGUAUUUCUGCGAUGUUGAAGCUGAGGAGAUUAUCUACGGUUAGCCAAAUCUAAAAGCGCUACAUCUCUUCUAUUGUAUUAAAGUUGUAGCUUUGUCUCAAAACAUAACCUGCUAUCCAUUUCCUAAGCUUGUAUGAGGAAAGCUUUGUGGAUAGUAGGACGUAUGUCACUCAGAGAAAUUAUCUAGAUUUGUCCAAAUAACGAUGCGGGGUUUGCACUCGUGUGGGUCGUCCUAAUCCAGUUUAUCCGGACACAACGCUGUAUUAAUGCUACUUGCAGGAAGUGUGUCUCUAUUUGGUCAUUAUAAUCUAUUAAUUUUUUAAUGUAUUUCGCCGAAUGUAGAAUGAAAUGUUCAAAUGAGGCUUGAAUGUCGCCAGAUUUUACUUCAGUUUUCUCACGCUAUUUUCUACUUCAACAUUCUCUCUCAAAGUCAUUGUACAUCAAAGUUUUUUGUUUGUAUGUAAAAGAUCGUGUACAUUUCUUUGUAAAUGGUUUAAAUUAUUCUAAUUUAUUUAGCUAAACUUUCCGAGCUCGCAGCACUACCAAAGAAUUUGUAGUUAGCUCCGUACAAUAUUUAUUUGCUGCAGCUUUCGGUAGUUUCUUCGUACGGAAAACUUCCUUUUUUGCAUGUUUCAACGCUAAUUUUUAGAUUAAACUCGACCAGAAAAAAUGUCUGACGAACGUUCUAGCAGCUCAUUAUUGAUAGUAGUAUUUAUUUUCUAAUUGUGUACGAGGGCUUGUAGGUUGUUUUAUAUCCAAGAUAUAAUUUGUUCCAAGUUCCCUUCGUAAUUUGCUUGUCCUGAAAGUGCUU